AUGUCUGAGUUACCAUCAGGACCAUGGGAGAACAUCAGCAUAGACUUUUGUGGACCCUUACCUUCAAGUGAUUACUUAUUUGUCAUGGUGGAUGAAUACUCCCGUUAUCCUAUUGUCGAAAUAGUGAAGUCUGUAUCUGCAAGAUCGACUAUUCCGGUACUUGACAAAGUCAUUAGUACGUUUGGAUUACCAAAAACUGUAAAAAGUGACAAUGGUAGCCCAUUUCAGUCAUAUGAAUUUAAACAGUUUGCAGAGAACAUGGGAUUUGUACAUCGACGGAUCACCCCCAGAUGGCCCCGGACCAAUGCCCAGGCUGAGAGUUUUAACAAACCACUCAUGAAAGCGAUACGCUCUGCUCAUAUUAAUCAGCAGAAUUGGAAACAGGAAAUUUACAAAUUUUUACGGCAAUACCGUGCAGCUCCACAUACGUCAACAGGACAAACUCCGUACAGACUACUUUUUAAUCGGGAACCAAGAACAAAAUUACCACAGACCUCGGAGAAAAAGUUGAACUAG